AUGUUACGUGAAGAACCUAUUCAGUUUGCCAAUAAUCAACAUAGAAAACAACGAUCAAAUUGUGGAAUAAAUAUGAAAAUCAUUGAAAACAGCCAGUCUUAUAAUCAAUCUACCGAUGACACUUCAAUUCAACAUACAAGACCAUGUCAAUCCAAUCAUCUAUCAUCCAAUUUAUUAUUUUCUUCCAUCAAAUCAUCAUCAUCAUCUUCAUCAAUAUCAUCCAUACCAAUAAAACAUAUUGAUAUUGCAUCCUUAUUGAUCAAGUUACAAGAUCAAUAUACUUUACCGUCCUUUCUACAAAUCUCCUCUUUGGCUCGUAUCAAACACCUUUUCGCUUUAUGGUUUAAUGCUACUUUACGACCGGAUCUUCGGCCUAUAUUUUGGAUUUGGCUAUCUCAACCUCAACGACUUUUAAUUCGCUUACGGUUACGAAAACGCAAUCGACGGUCUAUUAUCAGAUCUCAUUCAACUUUUCAAUGUCGCAACAGAUCUCGUCUUCUUUGGUAUGGUAUCUAUCCAAUCCCUCCAACAAGACGGACUCGUGCCAUUUGGAAGAAACAACAAAAUGCUGUUUGGGAUACAUCAACCACCACAUAUCCUAUCUUCACUGGUUAUCGACAUGAUCAACUUCAAAUUCUUUUAUCACAAUCGGAGAAAGACGGACGAUCAUCAUCAUCAUCAUCGUCAGCAGAGGCAGGUACGACAAUCCAUUUGUCAAUUUUACCAACGAAAACCACAUCAUCAUCAUCAUCAUCAUCAUCCUCAUCAUCAUCAAUAUCAUCGACAGUAUCAUCAACCUGCAAUGAUAACAUAGAGGAAUCAUCAAAGCCAGAAGAAAAUAACAAACAGCAACGACAGUGUCAUCAACAGCAACAAAGUCAACAAAAUCAUCAUCAUUAUCAUCAUGCACAACCGCAACGCGAAUAUGAUCAGAAGCAACAAGGGCAGGAGCGACGACAGCAGGAGUUAUCGCCACAGCAACAACAAGGACAUGAUCAGCGACAACGAUAUCGACAAAGGAAAAAAUGGAUCCCACCUAUCAAUUCGGAAACACUGCAAGAGUUAUCGAUUACCAACAUAUUCAGAGGUAUCCAAUUACGCCAUGACCUUUUAUUUGAUCCAGGUCUUAGCUUCCGACCCAAUUUGGAUGGUAGUUCUGGUCGAGAAAAGUGCAAAGAGGCUUUACGAUAUUGGCGACGAGUGGAGCGUGCUUUCCAAAAACUUCAAUCCAAGGAACAACAGGUCAUCUCUCAAGAUAAUGAUGAUGAUGAUGAUGAACAAUAUCUAUUUCUACGAGUAUUAUUGGUAGAAUUGCAAAAGAUAUUGAUCUCACUUCAUUCUCCUUAUGUCUCUUCUCCUGCAAGCAAGGAAAUGUGGAUGUGGCCUUCGCAUAUCUCUCUGGAUAAUCUCUGUGUUACGUUGGAUGCUGAUUACAUUAUUCAUCAAAUCAAACAUGGUAUCUUUUGUCUGGAUUCAUUGGUCUCCAUGGUCAUCCCUCUUUUGUCUUCCUUGUGCUCAGACACUCCUCGUCUACAAUUAUUACAACAUUCUCUCUCUGAAAACCAUUUUUCAACCGCUUUACGACAAUGUUUCUCUAUUUUGGAAUCUAUCAAAUUGAAUUGUGCAAACAAAAUCUUACAUGAUUAUCGAUCCUAUCUUAUUGAAACAUGUCCUCAAAUAGAAUAUCAAUGCUUCAAGAAACAACUAAAUAAUGGUGAAAUAAAACUGGACUCGACACAUCAAUGGCUAUUACAUACCUGGCAACGAUUAGGAAAAAAAGCUUCUUUUCUGGAAGUAUAUCAUCAAGGACUUGUUUUUCUAAUCAUGAAUGAUACCCAUCCAAUCCAUCGGUUCCCAAUUACCUUACAGUUUGAUGAACGACGUUUGACUCAACAGUUUCGACAAGAAUUCCAAAGUCUAUUAUUGGCGUCCAUCAUCCUCAUUCCUUAUCGAUACCUUGCUGGACCUUUUGCAACCUCUUCUGAUAUGGCACGACUGAAACGAACAUGUGCAGAAUUAUAUAGGGAAUAUUUAGUAUCACUUCAUCAUGGAUCGACCAUUGAUAUGUUUUUUGGUGCAAUGGAUGAGCAAGAUGUGACACAAGAUCGGACGAUUCUACGUAUGUGUUCUAGAUUAGCUUACAAGGCCUGUCAUCGAGCAUUUCAAGCACAUUAUCGACAUGAUCCUAUCAACCAUCUAGGUCCUGAACAACUCUGUCAAGUCUCACAAUUCUGGGCAAGUUGGUUAUUGAUUCAUUUGACAAAUCACUCCCACGUGUAUUCCAUGAUGUAUCAACGUCUAUGUGAUCUGUUAUAUUUUAUCUCUCAACAUGGUGCUGCUUUAGAACAAGGUACUUCAAUGGCACUGAUGAUGGAUCGUAUGGUGGGUUUACAAGAAAACAUUAUGACUCUUGGGGAAAAAAUCAAACUCUUGGCCGAUUUGAAUUUAAAAACCUUUGGUCCUGUAUAUAGAUUAUUAUCCAUAGAUAUUCUUCAACAUCUUUAG